CUCUCUCUCUCUCUCUGUCUCUCUCUCUGUCUCUCACUGUUAAUAGUGGCAAAGUGAAACUUUCUCGAAUCAGCAACGCUUUCAGUACAAUUAUUUUGGAAAAUAUCACAGAGGUCGCAGAGAACAGUUUUGAUUACGGUGCUGAAAAUGGGAACCAAAUACCUGAUGCUUAUUGCCUUGGGGACCGCUGUGAUCAGCAGUGUUCACUGUUGCCCUCAACAGUGUACCUGCACUGAUAAAAUUAGCCAUCAUUUUGUAGACUGUGCCUACAAAGACCUUCUGGAAAUACCUGUGGGUUUGCCAUCCAACGUUAGCACCCUGAGUCUUACAGCUAACAAGAUAAAAGUGCUGAAAUCAAAAGACUUCAUAAAUUUGACCAAGGUGACCUCUUUUUGGAUGGCACACAAUGAAAUAGUCACCGUGGAGAGGGGCACGCUGGCCUCAAUGAUUCAGCUGAAGAAUUUGGAUAUGAGCUACAACAAAAUCAUCCAUUUUCCAUGGGACGACUUGAGCAAUCUCACUGCUCUACAGUUGUUCAAGAUGAACAACAAUGAAAUGACCAAUAUACCCAAGAAUGCUUUCUCCAACCUAAAAGAUCUGCGUUCGAUCCGCAUUAACAAUAACAAGUUUACCACCAUUGUGCAAGGAACGUUUGACGCUCUCACAUCCAUGUCUCACCUCCAAAUCUUCCACAACCCCUUUGUUUGCUCAUGCAAACUUGAGUGGCUAAGAGAUUGGAUUGUCAAAUCCUCAAUCUCCAUCCCUGAUAAAGACAACAUUGUUUGUGAGGCCCCUGCCUUCCUCAAAGGUGCCACUGUUACUAGCAUGCCCAAGUUGGAUUGCAAAGCCCCCUCUGUGUCCAUCGCAUAUCAACCAAUCAUUGACAACACAGAACUCUAUGAAGGAUAUAUGGUCAUCUUGAACUGCGAAUCAAAAGGAAACCCUAAACCUGAUGUCGCCUGGGAGAUAUACUUAGGAAACCAACUGAUUACAUUCCCUCUGCCCCACAUAGUUGAAAAAAGGGAGGUUCCUAUAAAUGGAGCACUCACAAACACACGAUUCCUCGUGUUUCAAAACGGCACCCUGAUUAUUCCUCACAUGAGCAAAAAGGAAGAGGGAAAUUACACCUGCCUGGCUGCCAAUGACAUGGGCAAAGCCACGCACUCCGUUAGGUUGGACGUCGCCUGCACAAAAAACCAUGCCAUCAAUUCUAUGUUGGACACAAAAGCCGCCGGCAAUGUGUCUGGAGACAAGCUCGAUAUUUUCGAAGGCAAAUGCAGAACAAAUGUCAGCUCGCAGUACAUCUCCAACCACGCUUUCAACCUCAGCUUGAACAAGCUUAACCCUCAUGUGUUGUUCAUAUUUUUGUUACUUAGACAAUGUUUGUGGGUCUAGUGGAUCUCCAAUGCAAUCCAACGGUACCAAUGCAGUCAUACAAAUUUAUGUAUAAAUUGGAUUUCAAUGGAACUGGUGAAAAAUCUGUCACAAACAGAAUCUGACAAUUUAACAACUGCAUAAUGAACACUGUAUACAAGUACAACAUUACAGCUACAGUAAACUCAUUUGGGACAUUUAUUCUGCAAUAGCUCACUGUAGCUAUAUAGCUAUAAAUGAAUAAACUAUUAAAAACAGUCAAUACAAUAAUAGGCUACAUUUAUAACACAAAACUGUGUAUUAUACUAGGGGAAAAGGUAAAAAAAAACUAUAUCUAACAAAAUAAACAAACACAACACAUGUUUUGCAGUGUUCAUGGAGAGCACAGGCCUGAAGAACUGAAAUAGCAUUGACAUGAGGGUGAGAGUAAUAAUGACCGAAAAUCUGUUCUCGGUACAAUAAGUUUGUGUUUGUUUGUUUGUAUUGUUUUGACUUGAUAAACCAUUAAAAAGCAAGAUGUGAUGCAAGAAUAAGUGCUGAAAACAUUUAGAUAAUUCAUAUGAACAUCAUUUUUAAAAACUCUGCAUUGACACUGUGUUGUUUCUUUAUUAACCUGUAGCCUAUGGCUAAA